UUAGUUUACGUGCAGUCUGCAUUAAUUUUUGUUGAGAGUCUGUACGACUCAGAAUUGAACCGUUCAUAUCGAGCGUCAUCACUUUUUUGUUUAUUUGUUUGUUUGUUUUUAUUUUGUUUCUCUCUUUGAUUUAUACCUUUUGUUAAAGUGUGCAUUCGUUUUUGUUGUGUGUAAUUUUAUUUCUGCAAAUACACCAGGAUGGAACUUAAUUCUCUUCUCCUACUUCUUGAGGCAGCAGAGUAUUUGGAAAGAAGAGACAGAGAAGCUGAACACGGUUACGCAUCUGUUUUGCCGUACGAUAGUGACUUUUCCAGAAAGAAAACUAAAUCACCCAUUUCAAGAAAACCCCACAACAACAGGUCAUCACACAAUGAGCUGGAAAAACACAGACGUGCCAAACUGCGAUUGUACCUGGAGCAGUUGAAACAGCUUGUGCCUUUGGGUCCUGAUAGCACCCGUCACACCACACUGAGCCUGCUCAAACGUGCCAAAAUGCACAUCAAGAUGAACACAGGUCUCAGGGUUUUAGAACAACGUGAGGAAGCUAGAGGAACAGGACAGGAAGGCUCUAAACAUGAAGGAGCAACUGCAGAGAGAACAUCGCUACCUCAAACGGCGUCUGGAGCAGCUGUCUGUUCAGGGCUUAGAGCGCAUUCGCACUGACAGCAUGGGCUCCACCAUCUCCACUGACUCUGAGCAAGAAGUGGACGUUGACAUAGAGGGGAUGGAGUUCAUGCCAGGUGAAGGUGAUAGUGUGGACAGUAUUAGCGAUGGCGAGGACCACUACAGCCUGCAGAGCAGUUCCAGCGAUGGAGGCCACCAUUCGCAUUCUCACAGAUUACAAGCUCACAUCUGCUAGGCUGCAACAGUGUAUCACCUCCAACUUACCCAUCAGCCACUCCCAGCUGGCAGGAAGCACCUGGUUGAUUUCCACUCUUCUGAAAACCCUGUCCGCUUUAUAUCGGAACCCUUUCCCCCACAACACCCCCUGCUCCAACCCCACAAAUGCACACAGGCAAGCAAUAUGUGGUUUAAAUAAGUACGUGUGUGGUAACGCAGUUUUAUCUUGUCUGUUCUGCUGUGUGAGUGUGAGAUUCUAUGGCUCUGUUUUAAAACCAUAGUAACUGCUUUUACUGUCUAGUAUCUAAACAGGUAGUCCUAUCAUCAAAGGCAGAAUCUGUACUGACCUUAUAUGUGAUUAAAAGACACUCUAAAGUUGCUUAUAUGCAUCACACAAAUAGCGCCCUUCAUGAACCAGUGACUUCAUGAAAUGUGUCGUCACUUUAUUGAAAUUUUGGCAAAAGAUUUCGAUUUGUGUAGUGCAUUUUAGCUGCAUUUACACUAAAACAAAAUCAGAAAGAACAGUUCAUUGUGACACAAAUUGUUAUGCUUGAGUAAACAAAAAACUGCCUCCAUUCUGAGCCACUUUCAAAAUUGAUUUUAGAUAGAAAUAAAAAAAAGUAAAGGCACAAUUCAUCCAAAAUUUACUCACCCACAAGUGGUUUUAAACAAGAGAAGAUAUUUUGACGAAUGUUAGAAACUGGAACCACUGACUCCAUAGGACGAAAAACAAAUGCUGUGUAUGUCAAUGUUUACCAGUUUCCAACAUAUUUUGUGUUGAACAUAAAAAGAAACUCAAAAAGGUUUCUGACAAGUAAAUGGUGAGUAAAUCUUGACUGGUUUUUGGGUGAACUGUCCCUUUAUGAUUCACUAGUUGGUUCCUUAUUUGUGAACGUAAAGAGAAAGUCCUUAUUGGUUGAAAGUUGCGACAGCAGCAAAAACACAAAAAUGACGCUAUCCAAAAUGCAUUAGUGUUUUAGUCUUUAUGUUAAACCUUGAGUAGUAAAUGAUGUAGCAAUAAACAUAGAAAGCAAUGGCUUUCUUAUGCAGUGAAAUGAUUCUGGACCAAACCUUCAAGACAUGAAAAGCUUACUAAUUCCGUUCGUCUUUUCACCUGAUUUGUUUAGAUUGUAUGCACUCAAACUGACAAGUCAAAAUUUGUAAGACUGUAAGUUUUAGGGGGUGGGCAAAACUCUUUGUUGAGUUGUUGGUACUAUCAGAAAAUGACAAUAAUGCUUAUAGUUCCACGUCUUUCCCCUUAACUUAAUUGCUUACGUAUGUUUUGAAGCCUUUGUUCCUCAGCAGUAUAUAUGCAGUGCAGUGUGCAAUAUUCAGAAUAUAAAAGAAAGGUCUUUGUGCUGGGAAUUCCAAAUCUUCACAGACAGCCCCAGUUAUCAAAGCAGGUCAGACCAAAAUAAAUUAGGAAACAAAUAAGUAUGUAAAAGACAAAUGUACGUUUGAGAAAAGAAAAAGGUAUAUUCAUCACUGAAAGUGAUUUAAACAAGCGUAGUUUAUAUUUUCUGUAGUAGCUUUUGUAUUAUAUUUUCCUAAAUAGUCCUUCAUUAAAAGACAAAUAGAGGAGUAUAUGAAUAUAAAUAUAAAUAUAUAAAUAAAAUAUAUGAAAAUGACAGAACAUAAGGCCGGGGCUAAUGUUUGGGAGAACUUUUUCCCAUAUCUCCAACUGUCAUGCUGUGCCUUGCCUUGUUGUAUCCCCAUUUUCUUCCAAUCUCCUUCUCACAUCCACAACCAGCCAGCUUCCAUCCUCACAAUACACUCUUUCUUGUCCUUUUGGCCUUUUGCACAUAGUGACGAAAAACAAGGCUUUGUCUCCUCAACCUCCAUCUUACGGACCUCCAAAAAUAUGCUUUCAAUUUUGCGAAGCAACAUCAUCCGCAUCUGCGACACUGGUCGUCUUCACUCGUGGCAGCUCGUCUCUCCCCAUUGAAAAGCUAUCUAACCAACUCUGCUCUUGUGGCUCUUUUCAUUGGGUUUUUUUUUUUUGUUGUUGAAUUUUUUAAAUAGCUGUCUGUUUUUAUUGUCCUUAUGUUUAAGAUGUGUUAUGUAUUUCAAACAAUGAAGUGGAAGACCUUGGGAGAAGAGCAUUGGAAUCAAUCAUUAAUGGCAGCUCUAGACUUCUCCACCCUCUCUCAAUGGUAAUUCCUGACGUAGUAUUAAAGUCUGCUCAAAGGUAUGAUCACUUUAGCGUUACUGCUGCGCAAAUAUCUUGAGCAAAAAAUGUCAAUAACGUAGAGCUGUGGGUCAAAGACAAAGAUUUACAAAGAAAUUUAUUCAUAUAGAACCCACUGUAAGUGAUAAAGUGUCUGAUUUAGUGUUUACAUUUUUUUUUGUGCAAAAUGUCCGACAAUAUUUGGUAGACAAGACUGAAUCACAUAUAGUUAAUGUAUUCUGUAAAUCAAGGUAAAAAUCUGUGACUGUUGACCUGCUUGAAAAUUAACUAAGAAGUGAAACUCAAAUUGUGUGGAUUAGCAUGGCUUGAUUUUGCUCAUGACAUUUCGCCCAGUUACUGUAAAUGUGACCAAACUUUAAGCAGAUCAUAGUAUUCGAUCCUCUACCCAUAAGAGCAAUGAUACAGCAAUAUGAUUCUUCAAUUUGUAAAGCAGUGAGGACUUGAGUGUAAUGGUAAACAGCACUGUCUCAAUACUAUGGUGCAUAUUGUGACCAACUCAUAAGAUUUUUAUUUUUAUUUUAGUUUUUACUAUUUUAUUUCUCCAUUUUUUUCAACACUGAAAGGAGAAAAAAAGUUUUUUUAUUUUUGUUUUUUUAAAAGCUACAUUUUUAUGAAGAGUUUACAUUGUAUGUCAUGGUAUGCCUGACUGUUGUAGCAGAAUCUGCUUUUUCAAUUUGUUGUUCAAGUGACUCAUUCAAUCAAAAAAAAAAAAAAGCUCUUGCACAGAACCUCCCAUUACCAUGCUUUGAGUGAGAGUUCAGAGAAUUGGGGAUGAGAAUAUGAACAUAUAUGUUUGCAUGUCUAAGAGAUUAUAACUUUUAAUUGGCAUUAUAGACGAAGUCACAUGUGAAAUUAGAGCAAUGUCAAUUUCCAGUGUGGUGAAAGAAAUACUUUAUGACAGAGACAGGGUUAUUCAGUGGCUGCAGGGUUUUUUAGAAGCUUUAAAAACACUACAGUGUGUAUGUCAGCAGACAGCCACGUAUAUAAUUACACGGAAAGUGCCAGGUGUCCGGGGAUCUAAAAUAUCUGUUCCAUCACUCAGACAAAAAAACAAAACAAAAAAAGUGGUGGUGCUGUGUUUUUUGGCCUGGCGAAUUGAGCAUAUAAUUGAGAAUUCAUAGGAGGAAAGCUAAAUCUGAGAAUCAUUUGAUCAAGAAACACAAUAAUAGCUCUAAAAAAUCCCUUUUACCUUUUUUAAUGUGUAUAAAAGCAGUAGACGAAAGAAAGAACUUCCAUGAAAAGAUUCCUGCCAUCUAGAUUCUAUUAGAUAUAGACUUUUAUUUUUCUAACCCCUCCCUAUUUUGGGAGGCAUCAGAUGUAAUAUCAGAUUUCUAUCUUUGUAUGACUAUAGAUUUGUGACCCAUAUUUUCUGCUCAAUUUUUCUUUCCUUGGUUGUUUUGUUUAGUGUUGAUGGAGCAGUUUGUUGACAGGUCAGCAUGUUUGGCGUACUGUAUCUCACAGAGCGCUUGCUUUUUAGCAUGAGAAAAACUUGUGUAAGACUGCAAAGGGAGAGUUCUGUGCCAGAGACCUGUGAACAGAUUUCCUAUAAAACAAGUGAUAUGCAUUCAGAUGUUGUAUAAUAGUGUAAAGGUGUUUUUUUUUCUUUGUGUGCGUGUGUGUGUGUGUGUGUGUGUGUCUGUGUGUGUGUACAUACACAUAUUUACCUGGUGCUGGCUAUGUUUGAGCCCACACUCUAUGGUAUUAUGUAUUCUUGUAUUGUAAUAUAAAUAAUUAAAAUGUUUUAUACACGCUG